CUCCAAACCUGGAAGGCCUGGAUCACGCUGGACAAUUGGACCACCUAGCCCCCUGCCCCACCCCCAGGUGUUCAGACAGCCGAGCCAGUCUCCUGGGCCCUAGGCCCCUCCCACAAUGCCUUUCGCUGGUCUCCUCCUCUGGGCUUCCCUACUGACUGGGGCCUGGCCAGCUACCCCCACCCAGGACCACCUCCUGGCUACGCCCCGUGUUCGGCUCUCUUUCAAAGAGCUCAAGGCCACAGGCACUGCCCACUUCUUCAACUUCCUGCUCAACACAACUGACUACCGAAUCCUGCUCAAGGACGAGGACCACGACCGCAUGUACGUGGGCAGCAAGGACUACGUGCUGUCCCUGGACCUGCAUGACAUCAACCGCGAGCCCCUCAUUAUCCACUGGGCAGCCUCCCCACAGCGCAUUGAAGAGUGCGUGCUCUCAGGGAAGGAUGGCAAUGGCGAAUGCGGGAACUUCGUCAGACUCAUCCAGCCCUGGAACCGGACACACUUGUACGUGUGUGGGACCGGCGCGUACAACCCCGUGUGCACCUAUGUGAACCGCGGCCGCCGAGCCCAGGCCACACCCUGGACCCAGACGCAGGUGGUCAGAGGCCGAGGCAGCAGAGCCACGGAUGGCGCCCUCCGCCCGACGCCCACAGUCCCACGCCAGGACUACAUCUUCUACCUGGAGCCCGAGAGACUGGAGUCAGGGAAGGGCAAGUGUCCGUAUGACCCCAAGCUGGACACAGCCUCGGCCCUCAUCAAUGAGGAGCUCUACGCUGGAGUGUACAUCGACUUCAUGGGCACCGACGCGGCCAUCUUCCGGACGCUGGGGAAGCAGACAGCCAUGCGCACUGACCAGUACAACUCCCGGUGGCUCAAUGACCCUUCCUUCAUCCACGCGGAGCUCAUCCCUGACAGCGCCGAGCGCAAUGACGACAAGCUCUACUUCUUCUUCCGGGAGCGGUCCGCGGACGCGCAGCAGAGCCCGGCGGUGUACGCCCGCAUCGGGCGCAUCUGCCUGAACGACGACGGCGGCCACUGCUGCCUGGUCAACAAGUGGAGCACAUUCUUGAAGGCAAGGCUGGUCUGCUCGGUGCCUGGCGAGGAUGGCAUUGAGACCCACUUCGAUGAACUCCAGGACGUGUUUGUCCAGCAGACCCAGGACGUGAGGAACCCAGUCAUUUAUGCUGUCUUUACCUCCUCGGGCUCGGUGUUCCGAGGCUCCGCCGUGUGCGUCUACUCCAUGGCCGACAUUCGCAUGGUCUUCAACGGGCCCUUUGCCCACAAGGAGGGCCCCAACUACCAGUGGAUGCCCUUCUCAGGGAAGAUGCCCUACCCGAGGCCGGGCACGUGCCCCGGCGGGACCUUCACACCGUCCAUGAAGUCCACCAAGGACUAUCCUGACGAAGUGAUCAACUUCAUGCGCAGCCACCCGCUCAUGUACCAGGCCGUGUACCCGCUGCAGCGACGGCCCCUCGUGGUCCGCACGGGCGCGCCCUACCGUCUCACCACCGUCGCUGUGGACCAGGUGGAUGCAGCCGACGGGCGCUAUGAGGUGCUUUUCCUGGGCACAGACCGCGGGACAGUGCAGAAGGUCAUUGUGCUGCCCAAGGAUGACCAGGAGAUGGAGGAGCUCAUGCUGGAGGAGGUGGAGGUCUUCAAGGACCCAGCACCUGUUAAGACCAUGACCAUAUCUUCCAAGAGGCAACAACUGUACGUGGCCUCGGCAGUAGGCGUCACGCACCUCAGUCUGCACCGCUGCCAGGCCUACGGGGCUGCCUGUGCCGACUGCUGCCUCGCCCGGGAUCCCUACUGCGCCUGGGACGGCCAGGCCUGCUCCCGCUACACCGCAUCCUCUAAGAGGCGGAGCCGCCGGCAGGACGUCCGGCACGGGAACCCCAUCAGGCAGUGCCGUGGGUUCAACUCCAACGCCAACAAGAACGCUGUGGAGUCUGUGCAGUACGGCGUGGCCGGCAGUGCAGCCUUCCUUGAGUGCCAGCCCCGCUCGCCCCAGGCCACUGUCAAAUGGUUGUUCCAGCGAGAUCCCAGUGACCGGCGCCGCGAGAUUCGUGCAGAGGACCGCUUCCUGCGUACAGAGCAGGGCUUGCUGCUCCGUGCCCUGCAGCUCGGGGAUCGAGGCCUCUACUCCUGCACAGCCACGGAGAACAACUUCAAGCACGUCGUCACGCGAGUGCAGCUACACGUACUGGGCCGGGAUGCUGUCCACGCUGCCCUCUUCCCGCCGCCGGCUGUGAGCGCCCCUCCAUCUCCCGGCGCAGGCCCCCCCACGCCCCCCUACCAGGAGCUGGCCCAGCUGCUGGCCCAACCAGAAGUGGGCCUCAUCCACCAGUACUGCCAGGGUUACUGGCGCCAUGUGCCGCCCAGUCCCAGGGAGGCACCGGGGGCACCCAGGCCUCCUGAACCCCAGGACCAGAAAAAGCCCCGGAACCGCCGCCACCACCCACCAGACACAUGAGGCCAGCUGUCAGCCCUGCAGUGGGCCAGCCUAGCCCUUGUCCCUUUUAAUAUAAAAGAUAUAUAUAUAUAUAUAUAAAUAUAAAAAUAUCUAUAUUCUAUACACACCCUGCCCCUGCAAAGACAGUAUUUAUUGGUGGGUUGUAUAUAGCCUGCCUCGGCGGCAGCAUCUUCCAAAACUCAGACCCACGCUGGUCAGAGAUGGCAGGAAACAGCCAGCCUAAGCCGGCCCAGUCCGUCGGCAGCGCCAGGCCAGGACCACCAGUCUUCAGACUCCGCUGGGAGUUCGCCUGCCGGACGACAGCCACCUCCAGAUCUCCGGGACCCAGGGAGCAGUCAAGCUCUACCUGGACAGGGCACGCCCCGUGCACCUUGGCCAGCGUGUGCCGUCAGCUUGUGCCGUCGGCGUGGGCCUGACGCGAGGACUGCUUUGGAGACUGAGGGUGGUGGGCGGGCGGGGCUCAGAAGGGAAGAAGGGGCGCGACAGGAUGCCAGCCCCUGCCUAGGAGGGGGGCGCCCAGUCACGGGCAGCCCCUCCCCAGGUAUUUAUUCUCUAUUUAUUGGGCACGGGAGAAGAGGGGAGCCCUGCCAGGGGCAGCACCUCUAGCCCGCCUCCCCUCCUGCUGCCGGGCAGGGCUGCCUCACUCUACCUCCUCUUCUUUUGUUCUGUGUCACUUGGACUGGGGGGCUGGGGGAAUAAUAGGGGUCACGUGCAGGCAGGGCUGAGGGGAGAGUGGCCGUGGUGGAGCGGCUCCCCAGGGCUCCUUUCUGCCCACCACUUCUGAUGGGUGUAAAUAGCUCUGGGUUGGGCACGAGAAGGUGGGACGGGGCCCCUGCUGGCCUUCCACUCCCCAGGCCACAGCGCCCUUGGUUCCAUCUUGCUAAUAAACACUGGCU